AUGAACCGGACUAGUAGCGCCCUGCUCGGCCUCCCCCCUCCUUCCUCUCCUCCUCCUCCCCCUCCUCCUCAUCCUACUUCGUCUUUCUCAAGUCACUUCAGCACCAUGAGGUUCUCCUAUCACCUCAGCAACAGCGCUGCUAGCAGGACAGGUUCCCCGUCCUCUUUGAGUCCUAGCUUGCUGGCAAAGGGUCUCUCUCUUGAGACUUCUUGUGGCCCUCAGCAGUCCACCUCCUCCUCCUCAACUCCCGCCUUGAUCCAGGAGGAGGAGGUCAAUGACACCGGACCGCCGCAAUUUAGUAAGAGUCGGCCUCCUUUGCUUGGACCGAAGCCUCAAGUUCCACCCAAGCCAUCCCACUUGCAGCAUCAGGCAGGGGCGUUGAGGACCCGACCACGUGCACCAGACAAGCCACUGCCACCUCCGCCACCCUGCAAGCCCCCCCGCAGCGAGGACCAUGCUUCGCCCACCUGUGUUCUGUCACUUAUCGAGAAGUUUGAGCGCGAGCAGAUCAUUAUGGUUCCUGACAUCACCGGGGUAGCUAUGUGUCCCCGCCUCCUCGACACCCCCUUAUCGCAACCUUCAUCACCACCGUCAUCAUUGUCGGUCCCCGCCCUCCUUGAGCAGGAGGGUCUUCCCGAGCUGAAAAGUCAUGAUGAUGUUCAGCAGGAAAGUGAGGGGACGGAGGAACAGGUGUCUCUGGAGAUGAGCGAAUAGCAAUCGGUUCUGCCGCCAGAGCAAUCGGAUAUGCCACCCGAACAAUUGGAUCUGCCACCCGAGCGUUUGUCCCUCCCCUCCUCACAGACUGAUGGCAAGCUGGCCAAUCGCGACAGCGGCAUUGACAGCAUUAGCUCGCCGUCACACAGCGAGGAACUCUGCUUUGUUGGCGUGGACGACGGUGGUAGCGGCAUUUACUCUUGCGGCCUCCCUCGGCUCUCCAGCUCCUCUUCAUACGCCGGCGAGGGAGAGGAGGGUGAGGUGAGGUGCAUGGCCAGGAGGAGGGACUUCUCGGAGGAUGUAGACAGUGACCUAGAGGAGGAGGAGGAGACCGAGCUUACCUUGGUUCUUCCAGCCCCCAGACAAGACUUGACUGAGUUGUCCGUUCAACAGAGGGUGUUCAAUAUUGCCAAUGAGCUUAUUCACACUGAGAUCUCCUACGUGUCCAAACUCCAUCUCCUGGAUCAGGUCUUCUGCGCUCGACUCUUGGAGGAAGCACGCUCCCGCUCUUCUUUUCCAUGUGACGUAAUUCAUGGAAUCUUCUCCAACAUCUGCUCCAUCCACUGCUUUCACCAGCAGUUUCUACUUCCGGCUCUGCAGAAACGCAUGGAGGAGUGGGACUCAAACCCACGAAUUGGAGACAUCUUGCAGAAGCUGGCACCCUUCCUGAAGAUGUAUGGAGAGUACGUUAAGAACUUUGACCAUGCCAUGGAGCUCGUAAACACGUGGAUGGAGAGAUCGGCUGUGUUCAAAUGCAUUAUACAUGACAUCCAGAAGGAUGAGCGCUGCGCCAACCUGACGCUCCAACAUCACAUGUUGGAGCCGGUCCAAAGGAUUCCUCGAUAUGAACUCCUGCUUAAAGAUUAUCUGCACCGCCUGCCAGUUGACGCACUGGACUACAAGGAUGCACAGAAGUCUCUAGAGCUCAUCGCCACAGCAGCAGAACAUUCCAACGCUGCUAUUAGGAAAAUGGAGCGAAUGCGGAAGUUGCUGAAGGUCUAUGAACUCCUGGGUGGCGAAGAAGACAUUGUAAACCCGACCAAUGAGCUCAUCAAAGAAGGACACAUACUAAAACUAUCCAACAAGAACGGCACAACGCAGGAUCGUUACCUCAUUCUGUUCAACGACAGGCUGCUCUACUGCGUUCCCAAACUGCGUCUGAUUGGUCAGAAGUAUGGUGUCCGUGCUCGAAUCGAUGUGGAUGGCAUGGAGCUGAAGGAAACAAGCAGCGUAGCAGUUCCUAGGACCUUCCUGGUGUCAGGCAAACAGCGGUCACUUGAGCUGCAGGCCAGGACAGAAGAUGAGAAGAAAGACUGGAUCCAGGCCAUCCAGGCCACAAUCCAGAGACACGAGCACACCAUGGAGACAUUCCGUCACCUGACUUGUUCCCUCCGAGAUGAUGAGUCCACACCCCCCCACUCUCCGAGUUGUGCCGAGCUGGGCAAGCGUGCGCCAACGCCCAUUCGCGAGAAGGAAGUGACGCUGUGCAUGAAGUGCCAGGAAGCGUUCAAUGCCCUCACCAGGAGACGCCACCACUGCAAGGCCUGCGGUCACGUGGUUUGUGGGAAAUGCUCAGAGUUCCGUGCCCGCCUCUCGUAUGACAACAACCGCACCAAUCGCGUGUGCAUGGACUGCUAUGCCAUGCUGGUGGGUGUAUCCCCGCCGCCCUCCGUGGUGGCUGCAAACAACCAAAGGAGGCGCUCCAUCCUGGAGAAACAAGCCUCACUGGCAGCUGAGAACAGCGUCAUGUGCAGCUUCCUGCACCACAUGGAAAAAGGAGGCAGCCGGGGAUGGCAGAAGGCAUGGUUUAUCAUCCCUGAAAACGAACCCUUGGUGCUCUACAUCUAUGGUGCUCCUCAGGACGUGAAGGCGCAGCGUAGUGUUCCUCUGAUUGGUUUCGAAGUUUCACUCCCAGAGUCAUGUGACCGCCUGGAGCGUCGGCACACCUUUAAGAUUUCCCAGAGUCAUCUGACGCUCUACUUCAGUGCUGAAGGCGAGGACCUACAGCGCCGAUGGAUGGAUGUCUUGUCCAGGGCUGGCAAAGGGGAGGAGCCUGGGCUUCACCUGCCAAUCGUGGAAAGUGUGGAGGAAGAAGAGGAGGAGGAGCUGGAUGGGGCAGAGGGCGACAACACGUGA